GAAGUAAGGGCAGGGGAAGAGAAUAAAAAGCGAACCUGUGGAGCUGCGGUUUUUUGUGAUGUUUGUGAGUUUAGACGGACAGACAGACAGGCAGAUGAUCAGACAGACAGGCAGACAGACGGGUAGAUGGCGGAUUAAACCCAGUCUCUGUCGCGUUUGACCCGGGUCUCGAUCUGAACGGUGGGACACAGCCGGAGAAGCGAUCCCGCCGCACAGCCUGCUGGGUAAUAUGUUAACGACAGAGCUGCGUUGAUUGGUGCUCCGCGGCGCGUGCAGGCAGAGAGUAGAGACACAGUAGACACAAAUAAAGACAAACUGGUGGAAUACCGAAGGAGGACGCACACGAGAGGAGACGGAAACUGCCGAAGGUUCACAGACAUGUCUGUGUCUCUGUCAGAAGAGAGAGACAGGAUCCAGCGACAGGUGGAGGAGCUGGAACAGAGUCUGUCUGUAACACACAAUGAACUGGAGCUGCUGAGCAGUGAGACAGGUGAUGAAUCAGGAAGUGAUGACACAGAGGAUGAGUCUGCAGGAGGUCUGUUGGCUCAGAGAGACAAGAUCCAGAAGGAGAUCCAGAACCUGGAGGACGUCCUCGGUCCACACAGUCCACUCUGUGUAUCAGAUGAUGAUGAUGAUGAUGAUGAUGAUGAUGAUGAUGAUGAUGAUAGCAGUGAUGAGAGUGACCUGGGGCUGCCUCUUUCUGUGGACUCCUGUCUUCAGAUGAACCUGGUCUACCAGCAGGUGGUUCAGGAGACCCUGGACCAGCUGGAGAAACUACUGACACACAACCACAGACAACAGAAGGAGCUGGUGUCUCAGCUGUCUGGACCAAUCAAAGAGCCUUCCAGAGAACAGCCCGCCCCCUCCUCCUACCAGCAGCCAAUCACCAUGUACCUAGGUCGCUUCCUAAAACCGUACUUCAAGGACAAACUGACAGGACUGGGUCCUCCAGCCAAUCAGGAGACAAAGGAGAAGACCAGCAGAAUGACAGGAUGUUUGGAUGACAGGAAGCUGAAAAUGAAACGAUGGGAGAGCUGGCAGAAAACCCUGCUGAUCCACUCGGUGACCAGAGACAGUCUGAGGAGACAGAUCCAACCCAAACUCUCCAAGGUGGACUACCUGAGUCAGAAGCUGUCCUCAGCAGGGGAGACAGACAGGCAGCAGCUCAGAGAGCAAAUAGACAGUUUGGAGAGAGACAUCGACCUGCUCAGAGGGAAGAAGGAGGAGGAGCUGAUUGGUGAUCGAUAUGAAGAACACGAUUGGCCGAAAAUCUCCAACAUUGAUUUUGAAGGGACGAGGGAGGCGGAGGAUAUCCGUCGUUUCUGGCAGAACUUCCUCCACCCUUCCAUCAGUAAGACUCCGUGGAGUCAGGAGGAGGUGCAGCAGCUGAAGGAGGUCAGCAGGAGACACGAGGAGAGACACUGGGAGACCAUCGCUCAGGAGCUGGGGACGGGGAGGACAGCCUUCAUGUGUCUUCAGACGUUCCAACGUUUUGUCUCCGACUCGUUGAGACACAGCAGUUGGACUCCGGCUGAAGACGAUCUGCUCAGAGAGCUGGUGGACAAGAUGAGGAUCGGAAACUUCGUCCCCUACACGCAGAUGAGUUACUUCAUGGAGGGUCGUGACCCUGCUCAGCUGAUCUACAGGUGGAACCAGGUGUUGGACCCAAGUCUGAAGAAAGGCUUGUGGAGCAAAGAGGAGGAUGAGCUCCUGCUGCAGGCUGUCUUUCGUCACAGGGCGAAGAACUGGUGGAAGAUCAGGUUGGAGGUUCCUGGACGGACAGACAGCGCCUGCAGAGACAGGUAUUAUGACUGUCUGAAGGCGGGAACAAAGAGAGGAGCGUUUGACAAACAGGAGAGAGAACUGCUGCUGCAGCUGGUGGAUAAACAUGGAGUUGGUCGCUGGGCGAAGAUCGCUGCUGAGAUCCCCCACCGUUACGAUGCUCAGUGUCUGAGGGAGUGGAGGAAACUCAGCAGGCCACGCCCCCCUGCUGCUCAGAAAACUAAGAGAGCUAAAAAACCACGGAGGAGACGAGCGAAGAAGAAAGGUUCUCCUGUCAGGAGGAGGAUCAGGAGGAAACUGAUGAAGAUCAAGGAGGAGGAGAGCAGUGAGGAGGAGCGGGAGGAGCUGGUGGUGCCAUACAUGGACAGUGAUGAGGAGGAGGAGAAGAAGAAGAAGAAGAAGGUGAAGAGGGUGGAGGUGAAGGAGAAGGAGUACAUCCUCCCUCCCAUACAGGACUGGAUUCCAGCAGAGACAGCUCAGCAGGUCAACUUCCUGAGCUUUCGCCCGGUGGUGUUGCCUUCUUCAGGAGAUACCCCCCCCGGGGAGCCGGUCCGCUCAACCAUCCUGGGCCAGUUUGGACGCUCUGUGAUCGUCGGACCAAACCCCAGAGAGCUGCAGUGGGAGGAGCGUCACAGCAGCAGCACCAUGAUGAUGGUGUCAGCUGACCAGCUGCGAGCCCACCUGUACCGGCAGGUAAACAAGUGCAAUGACCAGAGCUGCCGCUCCCGAGGUAAGCGCCAGACCGUCAGAAAGAAGCACGCGGGCCGAGUGACGGACACAGCACUGAACUACGAACUGCAGGCCGCCGUCAUUCCCUGGAUCGGGAACCUGCUGAUCCCAUCUAAAACCAGACUGACGGCGGCCGACACCCUGAGGGAGAGAGGGGAGAAGACCCGCCUCCCCUCCACCCCCAUCUUCCUGCUUCUCCUGCAGACCAUGAACGUGGACACUGUGGGCUGCAAGGACAUGAUCGAGCAGAGGAGGAACAGGGUGGUGUUACUAAACCCCCCCGCCGUCCGGAUGAAGGACCCAAAGACCAUCGCCGGGAUGCUGCAGCGGAGGAGGCUGACGACGGAGCAGCUGAUGGAGUUAGCCCCACCCACCUCCUCAUCAACCAGUCAACACUCACCUGCUGCUUUCCACAGCGACCAUGACUACUUCUUCUUUAAUCCUAGCCCCACCCCCAAACAACCAUCUGACCCCGCCCUAGACAUGCCCCUAAAAGUUCAAUGCAGGAGGAGGAAACGAGGGAGGGGGGAGGAGCAGGACGGGGUGACGAGCAGUCAGGGUGACCAAUGUGCAGGUAGGACAGGCGACCCUGGGGGCGGGGCUUGUACAAGGAUGACAGGUGACCCUGUGGGCGGGGCUCGUACAGGUGAGAUCCAGGAAGGAAAGAGGGUCCGGAAGCUGAGUCAGAAAGCCAGAGCUCUGCAGGACGCUGAGGCUGAAGCCCAGAAGAAGACGAAGAGGAGGACUUCUUCUUCUCAUACUGAGACCAAGGCUGAAGCCCAGAAGAAGACGAAGAGGAGGACUUCUUCUCCUCAUACUGAGACCAAGGCUGAAGCCCAGAAGAAGACGAAGAGGAGGACUUCUUCUUCUCCUUGUAAAAAGCGUCAUUGUGCGUCUCGGAGUAAGCAGGAAGUGGUACAGGUGGACUCUCAGCCUCCCGGGCUGCGUUUACUUCCUGGUCAGUCGAUGUGGGUCAUGACUCCUGGUGGCUUGGUCCAGCUGGCAGAAGCCCCGCCCCAAGGCCUGCAGUUGGUGUUGGUGCCGGGCCCCCCCCACCUACAUCCACCUCCACCUGGGAAUAUUUUAAGCUGCCCAGUGGCCAUGCCCCCCCUGCAGCUCAUCCCAAUGCCUGGUCUGAGUCAGCCACUCCCUCUUCUUCCCCCGCCCACAUGUCCCUCUAAGACCCUUCCCCCAACCUUUGUCUUGCAACCUGUCCCAAACCCCAACUCCUCCCCACUCCCCUUUUGUCCCCCCCAGCGUCCCCCUAAACUCUGCCUGCCUUAUAAUAGCACCGUCAGAGUGGACCCAGCGGAGCCCCCUCCCCUCAGGAGGGAGGCGCUGCAGUUCGACCCGUCUCUGAUGUCUCUGGAGCCGCCGCCAGCUGUGCGUGAUUGGCUGAGCGGGCGAGGAGGGGUGGUGGUACCUGGAGUGGGCGUGGCUCUGCCCUACCUACCUCCCUUUGUCAGCAGUCUGAGCACGCUCAGUGCGCUGCUCCGGGCCAAGAGAUCUCUGACAUCCUCGUCCCUGGAGCUUCUGAGUCGAGGCUCCGAACCCCGACACCCCCAAACCACACCACGACCUGACGGCGCUACAGAGACCUCCAGUUCACCUCCACCAGACCUGCCAGACUCCACCUCUGACCUAAGAGCAGCCGGGGACCCGCCAGCUCCCUCUGUCACCUCUGACCUCCUGCAGGAGAAGGAGGAAGAGGAGCAGGAGGAAGACAAGGCGGAGUUUGUGAUAGCCGUGCGUCAGCUGGUGACUGAGCGUUUCUCAGGUAACCCUGCCUACCAGCUGCUGAAGGCCCGCUUCCUUUCCUGCUUCACUGUCCCCGCCCUCCUGGCCACCAUCCAGCCAAUCAAAGAGAAGACUGUGGCUCGGCCCGCCUCUCAAGAGGAGGAGGAGCAGGAGGAGGAAGAUGAGAAGGAGGCGGAGGCGGAGCUAAAGAAAAUCAAAGAGAGAGGGAGGCAGAGGAGAGCAGAGAGAUCUUUGCUGCUGUGUGAUGGCUCAGGAGCUCCUGCCAAUCACUUCUCAGGAAUCAUCAACACCAGCACCCCCCCACCUGACCAGACCAGACCAGACCGGUAGAGACCAGGUCUCCACAGUCCAGUAAAAUCCACAGAUCUACAGGUUUAGUUCAUAUGAAGAAGUUUCAACAUGAACAGAAAUAAAAGUUUAAAGAAUUAAAUAGUUUGAAUCAAAAAAGUUCAGUUUUUCUUCAGUUUCUGUUUUUCUCACUGAAACUUUGAACCUCUGAGAGUCUGAGCAGUUAUAUCAGGGAUGUGAAGGUGAUUCACAACAUGUGGAGCUCGGUGGUGCGUUCAGUUCAAGUUUUAAAGUGAUCAAAUUGCACUGAAUUAUGUUUAUUUAUUUUGAGUUGUUUAUUAUAAACUGAUUAUUCUUUAAUAAAGAAAGUUCAUAUCAAAUCAAA